UUUUACCAUUCAAAAAAACAAACGACAUUAGACAUUUCAUUAACUUCUCCCAAAAAAACUUGAAAUGUCAAAGAGUAAAAUUCUGGUUGUGGGUGGCACAGGGUAUGUCGGGAAGAGGAUUGUGAAAGCUAGUUUGGCUCAAGGCCACCCGACAUUUGUCCUUAUGCGUCGAGAGAUCGGAUACGAAGUUGAAAAGCUUCAGAAACUUCUAUCAUUUAAGAAACAAGGAGCUCGAUUGAUUGAAGGUUCUUUUUCCGAUCACCAGUCUCUCGUGGAUGCCGUCAAAAAAGUUGAUGUCGUGAUAUGCACCAUGUCUGGGGUGCAAUUCCGAUCACAUAAUAUUCUCCUGCAACUUAAGCUUGUUGAUGCCAUUAAAGAAGCUGGAAACAUCAAGCGAUUCUUGCCUUCGGAGUUUGGGAUGGACCCUUCACGAAUGGAACAUGGGCUUGAAUAUGGAAAGGAGACGUUUGGCGACAAGAUGGUCGUACGAAAAGCCAUUGAAGAUGCUAAAAUUCCAUAUACAUACAUUUCUGCAAACUGUUUCGGGGGUUACUUUGUUGGCAACCUCUCCCAACCAAACACCCUCUUCCCACCCAAGGAUAGAGUGUCUAUUUAUGGUGAUGGAAAUUGUAAAGCUGUUUUCAUGGAUGAAGACGAUGUUGCAACAUACACAAUUAAGACAGUAGAUGAUCCUCGUACGUUGAACAAGACGUUGUAUCUCCGGCCAAAUGAAAACAUCCUUACACACAAUGAUUUGGUUGAGAAAUGGGAGAAACUUACCAACAAAACACUCCAAAAAGUUUACAUUUCAGCAGAAGACUUCCUCGCUUCCAUGAGAGAUUUGGACCAUGCUUAUCAAGCAGGAUUUGCACGUAUCUAUCAAAUUUUCUAUGAUGGUUGUUUGAUGAACUUCGAAAUUGGAGAAGGAGGAGAAGAAGCUUCUAAUCUUUAUCCGGAGGUCAGAUACACUCGUAUGGAUGAAUAUCUGCAACGAUAUCUCUAGUUGACAACUAAAAUUAAGAAUUUACCAUGUGUGCACUCAAACAUUUUUGCAUGGUGUUUGUUAUGUAUUUAUUAUGGUUUAUUUUAAUUAUGAAUGAGUUACUCUGCAAUUACUACAUAAGCAUAUAUCUAUUACACAAUAGCAUAGUAUGCAACUGUAACCAUUUCAUACAAUAGACUUAGUAAUAGACUUUGUACCUUUUUACCCUUU